AUGUUGUGUGCAAUGAGUUUAAUAAGUAACGAUAUGGAUAAGGAUACAUCUUCUCAAAACUGUAUAGGCCUACGUAGUCAUUCAGCCCAAGGCCUAGGCAAUAAUUCUAGUCCUUUAAAAAUACCGUUGCCACCUCGAUUAUGGAUAACAGAUAUAGAAGAUGAGUCUUCAGAUGAUAUGAGUAGUUCUCGUGAAGAUGGAGUUGUACAUGUGGAAAGAUCACGAAUGCGGUCUCGUUUUAGACAUCAUAAGCGGGGGACAUCCAACUGUAUACCCCUUGGAAUAUUUUGGGAUAUUGAAAAUUGUCAAGUACCCCGUGGAUGUUCAGCUAUUGAUGUGGUAGCAGCAAUAAGAGCAAAAUUCUUAGUUGGCAGAAGGGAAGCUGACUUUGUUGUUGUAUGUGAUGUAAGGAAAGAAUUGCCAAAUAGACUACAGGAACUCAAUGAUUCUCAGGUCAACUUAAUACAUGUAUGUGGAACUCAAAAAAAUGCAGCUGACGAAAAAUUGAGGCAAUGUAUGCGACGGUUUGGAGAAUUACACCCUGCCCCAGCCUCUUUACUGUUAAUCUCUGGGGAUAUUAACUUUGCAGCUGAUUUAAGUGACUUUAGACAUAGGAAAAAUAUGGAAGUGAUAUUGGUGCAUAAACAGAACACCUCAGCCGCAUUAAUUACUUGUGCCUCCUCACACUUUUGUUAUAAUGAGCUGACCGCACAUCUCCCAAGGAAUCCUAAGGUAAGCCAAACAGAAGAAGAUGAGGAGCCUACAUGCGAAAUGGAAGUUAUAAACUUACCAGUAGACCAACCACCUGAAAGAGUGUCAAGACGGUUGAGAAGACUGGCAGAUAAUUGUGGGGGUAAAGUCCUAAGAGUGACAGCAUCCACAGCAAUGAUGAAGUUUCCUACUCCUGAUCAUACAUCCCGUGCAUUGAAACGUAUGGAGGGCGAAGACGUCUUCGGACGUAAAAUUAGUACGCGUUACGUACGCAGUGCGUUGCAACCCGCGUACUCCAGUGACGAGGGCUAUUGCACUGCGCCUCCUAGUCAGCCUACCAUGUUACCACAGCCUCCAACUCACUUUGUGCUCCCUCAGGUACCACAAGUAGCCAUGGAGAGGGAACAGGUGGCGAAUGAAUGGGCGUUAGCUUUGAAGCAACUACCGGUGCAUGCCGUGCCAUUGGAGUAUUGCCCUCCUCCCAAACCUAGGAAGAUUAGAGGCAGGCAUGGAUCAGCGAGCCUGGAUCAAUCAGCGUGCUCUUCAAGCAAUUGUAGCGUUGAAGACAGCCGACUUGGGAUCGGUCGUUCGAUGUCUCCGUGGAACUCGUCCGCCAGCUUCAGCGAUCAGAGCGAGACUGAGGACACUGUUACAGAGUUAACUGUGGCCAAUCUUCCACCCCAUGAUCCGAAUGUAUUGCAGGACAUGGUUCUAAAGCUACUAAACCAACACGUGCCCGUAUUACGCGUAACCGUUUGGUCCAGCGGGGAAGGGCCAGUCGCGACCGUCCUCCUCCGAUCCGAGGGGGACGCACGUCUCGCAAUAGCCCGUAUCCACAAACGCCGGCUCGAUAACAUCUGGGCGGGUCGCAGGCUCGACCUUUCCCUCGGCAGGCCCUCCCCGGCUCCAAGCCUAGACGUCCUAAGGGCGCGUCUACGGGCUAUCCUCCUAGAGCACAGAGGACAUACGCUGCCACUCGUACGUCUACGUGACGCGUAUGCAAGCAGGCAUUCGUGUGCAAUAACCACAUCGGAUAUAGCUAAGAUUCGUGACACGGUGGUGAUUCAGGAGGGUUUCGGGCGUCUGGUGCAGUUGGUGGACUUCUCGCCGGCGUCCAGUGCCGAAAUGGAGGAAGCGCCGUGGAGGUGCAACGUACAUGCGGCGUUUACGGGGCACGACGACGGGAGUAGGAUACUGCAACCGGUGUUUAUGAAGAUAUCGGUGCUGACGAAUAAUAUAAGGAUGUUGAUGGAGGGGCAUAAUGGCAUUUUGCCUCUUUUGAGUUUUGUGGAGUGUUACGAGUCAAUGUUCCCACCGCUAGUAUGUGACCCACGGUACGGCGUACCCCUAGAGCUGCUCCUGCGCAGCAUUCCCUGUGUUGCUGUGAAGGACAGUCCCUCACGACACCUUGCCUGGGCCGAACCGCCGGUUCUGCCUCCACCGUUUGAUAGUUGUGAUAUAUCUCGAGUCCGUGGACGCACUGCGCCAGCGUUGGAGCCGAUGUUGGCUUUAAUUGAAAAGGAACUCUUGGACCUGCUACGGGCCCAACCCAAGUGUUCUAUACAAUUUAGCAAGUUGAUUCCAGCCUUCCACCACCACUUUGGUCGUCAAUGUCGAGUAGCUGACUAUGGAUUCACCAAGCUACCUGAUCUCCUCGCAGCUUUGAAUAAGAGUAUUGUGGUCCUCGGUUCGGGGUCAUAUCGUAUCAUAACUAUUUCCGCCUCCGCUCAAAGUCGUCGUUGGACAUCUGAUGUCUUAAAAAUUCUGAACUCUCAUUUGGGCCAAGCGAUUCACGUCCACAACUUCGCCCAGUACUACCAAGCCGUCAUGUCUAGGCCCUUCUCUCCAGUCGACUACGGCGUUUGCACUUUCGAUGAACUUUUGCAGAAAACCUUACCCGGUUGUAUCGUCGUCGGCCCCGAUGGCUCGAUAUCCCUCCCCGUGCACCCUCACGUAAGGGAACCGCAAGACGCUUCUAGAAUCCUCGAAUUCGCCGCCCAAACUGUGGAAAUUCUCUGCCACACGCCGAACUUCCAGAUGGAAUUCUCUCGCUUCGUUCCUAUGUACCACACGUACUAUGGCAAACAGUUGCGUGUAUCGCAUUUCAGUUGUGCCAAAUUGAUGGAUCUCUUCGAAAUAAUAUCCCAAGUGGUGACCGUAUACAACGGGCCAACUGGCGAACGUACGCUGAAAUUGGGCACGCACAUUGCCCGUCCUAUGUUCUCGCAGCGUUUGAAGUCCAUGACACCGAUGGAGUUGGCCAAUUUCCCAAUGCGUUAUACGGCUCAGUACGGGGCUCCCCCUCAGCCGGCCAUUUUGGAAGUUAAGAGCAUUGAAGAUAUGGUUUUAGAUGCAUCGAGCCGGAUCGAAUGGGGGUAUAUUUAUUCCACGGGUGAUAACGCUAUUUGGGUGAAUGCAGCGCUGAUGGCGUGUUACGUUUUAUCUGCUGACCGUAGUGUGGCGCGUGGGUCGUCCGAAGAGUAUUUUGUUACGGCCUAUACUCAGUUGAAGGGGUCACCUCCACAAGUGACUCAGCUCCAAGUUAUGGGGGUAUUAGAAGUGUCAGACCGCUAUGUCCGCCUGGCUCCCUUGUGGCGCACUAUAUGGAGAGUUGUGAUGAUCCUCGCAGAUCACAAACACCCAGUUCCGGCUAUGGAGGUCUUCUUGGAGUAUACUAAGCGAUUUGGACCCACAUUCCCGAAGGCUGAGUUAGGUCUUGAAGCAGUAGUAGCUUUCCUAAAGGAAAACGAAGCCGUAUUCAAACCAGUGUCCUCUGUGGAGGGUCCAACAUGGCACCUCGGUGAGGGAGUUUUCCCUCCUCAGAUGAGGGAGCUCGUCAAACAUAGCAUGGUCUCUGAGGACUACUCUAAAUAUGAUACUCCUCCUGGACAGAAGGGUUCUCGCGUGUUCGAGUCGCCAAAGAGAUUUGCGGGAAGCAUCUGGUCUCCUCCCGCCAGCUCUGUGCCGCUACCAGAUGGGCUGAUCGGACAGGACAAACGUCGCACCCGCCUCGCAGCCCAGUUUGAUUCAGUGUGA